CAAAGCAAGAGAGAUAACUCUCCACAGUUUAUUGGGCGGCCAUUGUAUUGCGGCUCCGUCUUUUUUGUACGUUUUGCGGAUAUUUAUCGUAAUUUCACUGGGAAGGAAGAUAUUCCAGCACUUGAGAUAAGAGGUACCGAAUAGUGGUUUGUAAACUCAUCCAAAAUGCCGAAGGAGGACGCGGAAGCGUAUUCCAAUCCGUUACCUCCCGCAGAUUACAACGCAGAGGUAGGUGACGAUGCUCAUCCGUUGACGAAUGAAGAUUUCCGUAAACUUUUGAUGACACCGCGAGUGGCCGCCGGAUCCUCGUCCAGCGGCCACGUUUCUUUGUCAGCGUUAUCCUCUUCAAGGAGUUCUGCGUCGGCUGCCGCCGCUGCUAAUGCGGGAUCCGCAUCCUCGGCAAGCCACGAUCUGUCUGGCGGGGCCGCAGGCUCGUCCGGUUUGGGAUCUGCCAGUGGAGCCCACGGUGGUUUAGGUUCCGGAGUCAGUGAACUAGGAAGUUCUGCGACCGGUGCCGGUGCCGGGGAUGAUGGUGGGAAUCUGUCCGGUUACGAAGAUGCUCACGAGUUGGGAGAACAAGACGACGAUGACCCGGCGACCAGGAGACGGAAGAAAAAAAGUUACUACGCCCGAUUGAAACGUCUCGAGGAGGACCGACAGAAAGAACUAGCCCAGAAGUACAGGGAUCGAGCGAAAGAGAGAAGAGAUGGGUUAAACAGGGAUUAUGCCGAGACUGAAAUUAUUAGCACCACGGCUGAUUACCGUGCCGUGGCCCCAGAUGCAAAAUCUGGCGAAAACUACGCUGAACGGCGUAAACAGAUUAUCCAAGAGUCCAAAUACCUCGGAGGUGACAUGGAACAUACCCAUCUUGUGAAGGGGCUUGAUUAUGCCCUGCUAGAGAAAGUCCGUGCCGAAAUCACCAGCAAAGAACGUGAAGAGGAAGAAGAGCUUGAGAAGGCCCUGACACAGAAGAAAGAGAAAGAAGAAGACCCAGAGGAUCAGAUCUUAUUCAAAACCAAGAUGGGAAGGAAUAUUUACCGUAUCAUCUUCAAAUCGAAGUACCCUGAGCGCAAUGAAUUGUUUCUGCCGAGUCGUAUGGCCUACGUGGUGGAUUUAGAGGAUGAAUUUGCUGACUCUGAUGUUCCAACAACGCUUAUCCGCAGUAAGGUUGACUGUCCAGUGCCCGAAUCCGACACGACAUUGACCACCAAUGAUAUUGUCAUUAAUAAGUUGACACAGAUUCUGUCCUACUUGCGACAGGGACGCCGCGAGAACAAAAAGUUGAAGAAGAAAGAGAAAAAUAAAAUGAAAGAAGAUGCUCGUCCAGGAAGUAAUGCAGGUGGCGGAAAUGGAGGCUCUGGAAGCGCAGGGGAUAAAAUGCUGUUGCCUGGCCACGACGAAAGCAUUUAUGGUGAUCUUGGUGAGUACAAUCCGUCUGUGAUGUCCGGACAGUUUUCCAAGAGCAAAGACAAACGUGAUCGUAAAGACAGAGAUCGAAGCGAUCGCGAUAGGGAUCGGAGUGACCGGGAUCGAGGAGACAGAGGGGACCGAGAUCGUGAUCGAGAUAGGGAUCUGGAUCAUCGGGACCACGAUGGAAGCUACUACAGCCGAGAUAAAGACCGAAGUUCAAGUGGUAUGGACCGCAGGGACAGAGACCGCAGCGACAGGGAUUAUGAUCGUGAUAGGAGCUCGAAAAAGACUUACUUCGAGAAACCUGCUGAUGAGGACGAAGACAAAGACAGAAUGCCAAACUCAGCGAAGGAUUUGGUUAAAUCUAUCAACGAAUGUUUCAAGUCAUUUGCUGAAAUAGAAGAAGAGAAGGAAAAAGCUGCUACGAAGAAAGAAGAGGAAAGACUGCGGAAGUUAAAGGCCAAAAUGGAAAUCGACAGCUAUGCAGAGUGUUACCCGGGUAUGAUGGAAUCUGCUGAUGCCAUCGAUGAUUCUGAUGAUGAAGUGGAUUAUACGAAAAUGGAUCACGGCAACAAAAAGGGUCCCAUAGGGCGUUGGGAUUUCGACUCGCAAGAAGAGUACAGCGAGUAUAUGGCGAAUAAGGAGGCUAUGCCUAAAGCUGCUUUCCAAUAUGGUGUCAAGAUGGCCGAUGGCAGGAAAACCCGUCGUACUGGUCCCAAAGAUGAGAAAGCCGAGCUUGACCGGCAGUGGCAGAAAAUCCAGCGCAUCAUUGAGAAGCGUAAAACUACAGAUGACAACUACGAGUACAAACGGAUGAAGUACUAAUUAUACUCACACACACACAUAUGCUCACCCUCACACACAUUCAAAGUAUAUGAAAGCUAAUAUGGUAUUAAUACAGUCUGAAUGAAAGGAUAAUGAACAAUAUAUGUGGAUAUUCUACAAUUUGUAUUAAUUGUGUAUAUAAUUAUGAAUUAGCCAGGCCUUUAUCAACUGAAGAUGGCAAAGAAAAUGAAUGUGAAAAUAUGAAUGCAUUUACAGAGACAUAAUAUAUUGAAGAAUAUGUAUUGAUAUAUGUACAUAUAUUUAUAUAUUACAUAUGUAAAUAUAUAUACCAAGUUGGAUUAUCAUCUCAUUGAUUUUUCUUGCAAAUUUUUAUUCUAACUUUCAACACUUCACUCAUGCUCACAAAAUGACUCAGUUUAUUCGUUUACAUCGACAGUGUACCUAUUAGAUGUGGCAGUUUUGAAGCUGCAAACUUCAAAUGAAAAUGUUGGUAUUUUCUCAUUUGAAAAUCUAUGCCUUGUCACCUAUGAUCACUAAAGGUAUACCUUACUGUUACUGACUUUGGUAAAAUGGAUGUUCUGCUCCCUAAGCAAAGUGGACUACACAAAGAUGAAAGAACCACGUUCAUAAGGAAGUAUCUUUUUAAGACUGUGUUUGUGUGUCUUUAACAAGCAAGAACAAUGCAUUAUCAUAAUGUGGCGUCUUUACUCGGUUUGUAAAGAGUACAACAUUUGCACAUAGCAACAUAUAAGAGUGCAUAUUUGCUUGUCUGUUGUGUAAUUUCAGGUGUCCAGAUGCAGAGGAUCGGCUGGGGUACAUGGAACAAACAUCACAUCGUUGUCAGUGUAUUUGGAACAGAAUUAGUUCAGAUGCCAGUCCUUGAAUUUUAUUAGUAUUUUGUUGGAAGGUUGUUCCUGUCUACGUGUAUGUACUUCCAUUCAUAUCUUCAGUAUUCCUCCACAAAAAAAUUUAUUUUGGAAUAUAAAUAAAUGUAUGCCUUAUUUGAAGGUAGAAAAACGAAAGUUUAAUGGACUGAAGUUACAUUUGAUCUUUAGUUAGAAUAAUUGUACAAAAAACAUUUUUAGGUGUAACAUUUUUUUGUGUUCUUUUCUAAAAGACCAGAAAUUUUUGUAAUAUUUUUUUUUUUUUGUUGAACAAUUUUUGUCAUAAAUGUGAAGAAUUAUUUC